AUGAAGGGCCUCAGGACAGGCGACUCGGUGGCUUUCGAGUUCCAGGGUCUGAACAAGUGGUCUGCACCCGUACUGAAGGCUCACAUUUUCCGGGCUGGGGACUAUGGAGACCUGUUGCAGAAGGAGAAUCGCGUUGAAAACCACGAUACCGAGGAUGACCAGCCAAAAGCUUCUAAAGGUGAAAUAGCGGAAGAAGAGGAGCUUGCAGUUGGGGAGAUACUGGACAGGCAAUUCACAGCGAAUGGCACAGCCCUCUAUUUGGUUUCAUGGGCUGGUUAUGAGCCAGAGGAAAAUACCUGGGAGCCUUUGUCUUCCUUCUCAGCUGGGCUGGAGACUUACAAAAUGAGUGACAAACUCCGAGCAGAGUUGGGGCUCGUGGGUGGCAAGGGGACAGCUCGAAGGAGCUCGAAAAGGUGCAACAAGUAG